AUGGCUUCUCUUCCCCUCUUCACUAGCUGGGCGUCGGAGAUUAAGCAAUCACUCAACAUCAAGGAAGAGACGACCAAGAUGAACGGCACACAUACUGAGGCUGCUGCUGCUGCGCCGGCGUCGAACGGUGUUAGCAAGGCUAAUGGCAACGGCACGGAUGUUCAGUUCUCGUCAAAGGCUAAUAUCGGUGUUUACACCAACCCCGCGCAUGAUCUUUGGGUCGCGGAGGCGGAACCCAGUCUGGAGAUUGUGCAAAGAGGAGGAGAUUUGAAGCCAGGCGAGGUUCUUAUCAAUGUCAAGAGCACGGGAAUUUGCGGGAGUGAUAUCCACUUCUGGCAUGCUGGCUGUAUCGGACCUAUGAUCGUAGAAGACACCCAUGUCCUCGGCCACGAAUCCGCCGGCACAGUAAUGGCCUGCCACGAAUCCGUCACGCACCUCAAGCCCGGCGACCGCGUAGCCAUCGAACCCAACAUCAUCUGCGGCGAAUGCGAGCCCUGCCUCACAGGCCGCUACAACGGAUGCGAGCGCGUCCAAUUCCUGUCUACACCACCAGUCACCGGCCUGCUCCGCCGCUACCUCAAGCACCCAGCCAUGUGGUGCCACAAGCUGCCCGACAGCAUGACCUUCGAAGACGGCGCUAUGUUGGAGCCUCUUUCCGUUGCGCUUGCUGGCAUGGACCGCGCGAACAUCCGCCUGGGUGACCCCACCAUCGUCUGCGGCGCUGGCCCCAUCGGCCUCGUCACACUCCUUUGCUGUCAAGCCGCAGGCGCAACACCCCUCGUAAUCACCGACAUCGACCAAGGCCGUCUAGACUUCGCCAAAACCCUCGUCCCCGGCGUCCUAACCCACAAAGUCGAAUUCAGCCACUCAGCCACAGAUUUCCAAUCCGCCAUCCUCAAACUGACCGACGGCGUCGAGCCCUCCCACGCCAUGGAAUGCACCGGCGUCGAAUCCUCCAUCUGCGCCGCCAUCCAAACCGUAAAGUUCGGCGGCAAAGUCUUCGUCAUCGGCGUCGGCAAGAACGAGAUGAAGAUUCCUUUUAUGAGACUGAGUACCCGCGAGGUGGAUCUGCAGUUCCAGUACCGCUACUGCAAUACGUGGCCCAAGGCUAUUCGGUUGUAUAAGAGCGGUGUCAUUGAUUUGAGCAAGUUGGUUACGCAUAGGUAUAAGCUGGAGGAUGCGGUUGAGGCGUUUAAGACGGCGGCGGAUCCGAAGACGGGGUGUAUUAAGGUGCAGAUUCAGAGUUUGGAUUAG